GCGCACUUUCUAACUGUUUGCACGGCGCUUUUCUUCUCAUGAUUUUCCCAUAAGCACUGUGUGACCGUUUUUCACUAGCAAGAAUAUACUAUAAAAGGAAGUAAAUUGGUCUCCGGUAUCUAUAGGAUACAUGUCUCUAUUAAAACAUUUCUUAAAUAAAUACAAAUAUAUCUUGCCAAGAGCUCACAUCGAAGUGUGACCAGCUAUCGCCAUGUCGCGUUCACAGCGUGGUAUUACGGUUUAUUAAAGAAUAAUAUCGACGGCCACACUGCAAAUCGUUUCUGCUUGUCAUUUUGCUCUGAAUUUUUUGCCGCAAAUUGCAGGUAAUUUCGCAAAAUAUAGGACUCACCGAAAGCCAAACCCCACAAAAAACAGAGCAGCCUGGCACCUAGCAAGCGGUGCAGAAGUAACAUUAAACCUCGAACCGAAAACCCCAAAAAAGCACAAACAUGCCGUCGCUGGAGGUGAGCGUAAACAAAGUGAUAGUGCAUCCACUGGUUCUGCUGUCCGUGGUGGAUCACUUCAACCGGAUGGGAAAGAUCGGCAACCAGAAGCGCGUUGUGGGUGUCCUCUUGGGAUGCUGGCGCUCCAAGGGAGUCCUCGAUGUGUCCAACAGCUUUGCAGUGCCCUUCGACGAGGAUGACAAGGACAAGUCGGUGUGGUUCCUGGAUCACGACUACCUGGAAAACAUGUACGGCAUGUUCAAGAAGGUCAAUGCCAGGGAACGAGUGGUGGGCUGGUAUCACACAGGACCCAAGCUCCACCAGAAUGACAUAGCCAUCAAUGAGCUGGUACGUCGCUAUUGUCCCAACUCCGUGUUGGUCAUCAUCGAUGCCAAGCCCAAGGACCUGGGUCUGCCCACGGAGGCGUACAUAUCCGUGGAGGAGGUCCACGACGACGGCUCUCCCACCAGCAAAACCUUUGAGCAUGUGCCCAGCGAGAUUGGCGCCGAGGAGGCGGAGGAAGUGGGCGUGGAGCACCUGCUGCGCGACAUCAAGGACACCACCGUGGGCAGCCUGUCGCAGAAGAUCACCAACCAGCUGAUGGGACUGAAGGGUCUGAAUGCCCAGCUGCGGGACAUCAAGCAGUAUCUGCAGCGCGUGGGCGACAGCAAGAUGCCCAUCAACCACCAGAUCGUGUACCAGCUGCAGGACAUCUUCAACCUGCUGCCCGACAUUACCAACGACCAGUUCACGGGCACCAUGUACGUGAAGACCAACGACCAGAUGCUAGUUGUCUACCUGGCCUCCAUGGUGCGCUCGAUCAUUGCCCUGCACAACCUUAUCAACAACAAGCUGGCGAACCGCGACGCCGAGGAGGGCAAGAGCGAGAGCAAGGAGGCCAAGGAGAAGAACAAGGAGAGCAAGGACAAGGACAACAAAGAGACCAAGGACGGCAAGAAGACGGAGGAGAAGGCCGACAAGGGCAAGGACGAAGGCGGCAAGGGGUCGCGCAAAUAGGAGCGAAAGAAGAAGCGCAAGCCCCGUCGCAAGCGAAAGAAGCAGGGGCCGCAGGAUUAGCUGCUGCAUCUUCUGGCGUCCAGGAACUGGAAACAACAUCUCCAAGUAAUCCGGCGUGGGUGUGCAAUGGCCUCAGAGAAACAAACAUUGCUACCAUUCAUCGUUAAUUGUCCCCAUGAAAUCAAGCUCCCUCUUUAUUAUUUCGCCAGCUACCCGUAACUAAUUAACGGCAAGUUUAUGUAAUUAAAAAUUAAAUAAUUUAAAUACUCUGA